CUUUCAGCAAAGCAUCUAUUCUGGAGCGGGACAGGGAAAUUAAUUACAACGCUGGUUAAUCUUAUUUCUUGUGUUUCUUAUUUCCAUAGUUACAUGUCACACGAGGAUAAUGCAGAGAGUGAAUGAGAGAUACAAUCUGGAAGACCACAUGUGAUGAUUCAUAUAAUUAUAAUUGUACGAGUCAUAUAGAUAUCGUUGCAGUGUAGGACAUGGAUUGCUUAUGUAGUCUAGGACAUGCGUUUUGCUGCACAUAAGUUUUCUUUUGGCAUCUCAGCGCAAGUCAGCAAACAUGAAACUUGGAAACAGAUAGCUUACAUGUUGAUCAAAGUGCAGGGGACCCCUCUUUAUGUAGCGGGCGGCCAACCAAAGUGCUUUGAUCUAGAUCAUCUAGAUUGGGUGAAGAAUUCAGCAUUGGUCUGUACAUAUACAAUCCAGAAGUGAACCUGAUUUUGUUUGACAGUUGUGUAGAUUUUCUUCAACAAUAUUGUUUGUAGGAAAGAUGUCAGUAGAAGGGAAGAUUAAGAACAAAUAUGACAUGAGGCCUCAUAACGAGAACAUCGAGAGCUAUGUCAUUGAUGAUGCCAGAGGAAUGCAUAUGAGGCCAAUGCCAGAAAUGAUAAUCCCAACCGCGGCUCCUGAAAAGAAGAAAUUGACAAAUAGGACAUCAGAAAUGAAGAGAACAAGAAGGGACCGUAGAGAGAUGGAAGAGGUCAUGUUUAAUCUCUUUGAAAGACAGUCAAAUUGGACUCUGAGGCUGCUCAUUCAGGAAACUGACCAACCAGAGCAAUUCCUGAAAGACUUGCUGAGAGAUCUUUGCAUAUACAACAACAAAGGGAGCAACCAAGGAACUUAUGAGCUGAAGCCUGAGUACAAGAAAGCCACACAGGAAUAGGUUUGGUCAAAAGUGGUUUCAGGUUUUGUUUUGGAUAAUCUAACUAAUAAUAUUUGAUUAUCUAGCAAGGUUAAGCUUAAUUAGUUACUUUAAUUGUAACUCAUCUUCAUGACUAUAAUAAGAAAGGAAGCUUUGUUUUUCUUCCUUUGGUGUAACUGAUCUUCAUGGCUAUAAUUAGUUUCCUUUGCUUCCUGUUUGGUUUUCUUUUGGUGUGCAUUUAAUAUUCUGCUCUUAAUUAAGGUAUCUUUCAGUGCUAACUGGAAUCUCCAACUGAAGUUUCAGUGCUAUCAUUUUGUUUUCAAUUUGCAGUGAUGUGCGUAUAUUU